AGCCAGGCUGGCCGAGGCGGUGCUGCGCUGUGCGGAGGCCCUCCCGCGGGAGGCGCGGGCGUGGAGGGUGUGGGCCGUGGGCGGGGCGAGCCCCGCAGCCCGGGUGCUGGGAGCUGUCAGUGUCAGGCUCAGGAGAGAGGAAGUGAUUGCUCCGGGAGGAGCGCGAGCCUAACCGCGCAGCGUGAGACAGCACAUCCUGCCGGCGCGGGCCCGCCGCUCGCCGUCCUCCCGUGCCUCCUCCACCACCCCGGUGAGCCUCCGUGGACAGCGUCCAGGAAGCAAAGAUGUCUGACAAGAGCGACCUAAAGGCUGAGCUGGAGCGCAAAAAGCAGCGCUUGGCCCAGAUUAGAGAGGAGAAGAAGCGGAAGGAGGAAGAGCGGAAGAGGAAAGAGGCAGAUUUGCAACAGAAGAAAGAACCUGUUCAGGAUGACUCCGAUCUGGAUCGCAAACGCCGAGAGACAGAAGCUUUGCUGCAAAGCAUUGGCAUAUCGCCGGAGCCCCCUCUAGUGCAGCCGCUGCAUUUUUUAACAUGGGAUACCUGUUAUUUUCAUUAUUUAGUCCCAACCCCUAUGUCUCCCUCUUCGAAAUCAGUGAGCACUCCCAGUGAAGCUGGAAGCCAAGACUCGGGCGAUCUGGGGCCAUUAACCAGGACCCUGCAGUGGGACACAGACCCCUCAGUGCUCCAGCUGCAGUCAGACUCAGAACUUGGAAGAAGACUGCACAAGCUGGGCGUAUCCAAGGUCACCCAGGUGGAUUUCCUGCCCAGGGAAGUAGUAUCCUACUCCAAGGAGACACAGACUCCUCUUGCGACUCAUCAGUCUGAAGAGGAUGAGGAAGAUGAGGAGAUGGUGGAACCCAAAAUUGGUCAUGAUUCUGAACUGGAUAAUCAAGAUAAAAAGCAAGAAGUGAAGGAAGCCCCUCCAAGGGAGCUGACGGAGGAAGAAAAACAGCAGAUCCUGCACUCGGAGGAAUUCCUCAUCUUCUUCGACCGAACCAUCCGAGUGAUUGAAAGAGCACUAGCAGAGGAUUCUGACAUCUUUUUUGACUACAGUGGUCGAGAGCUGGAGGAGAAAGACGGGGAUGUGCAGGCUGGAGCCAACCUUUCCUUCAAUCGUCAGUUCUAUGAUGAGCAUUGGUCCAAGCACCGAGUGGUCACUUGCAUGGACUGGUCUCUCCAGUACCCUGAGCUGAUGGUUGCUUCUUACAACAACAAUGAAGAUGCUCCCCACGAACCAGAUGGCGUGGCCUUGGUUUGGAACAUGAAGUUCAAGAAAACCACACCAGAAUAUGUCUUCCACUGUCAGUCCUCGGUGAUGUCAGUCUGCUUUGCCCGUUUUCAUCCUAAUUUGGUGGUUGGUGGCACCUAUUCAGGCCAGAUAGUCCUCUGGGACAAUCGCAGUCAUCGAAGGACCCCUGUCCAGCGGACCCCCUUGUCAGCUGCUGCACAUACACACCCUGUGUACUGUGUCAAUGUUGUCGGGACCCAGAAUGCUCACAACCUCAUCACUGUCUCUACCGAUGGCAAAAUGUGUUCCUGGAGCCUGGACAUGCUCUCAACCCCACAGGAGAGCAUGGAGCUGGUGUACAAUAAGUCCAAGCCUGUCGCUGUUACGGGAAUGGCUUUCCCGACGGGAGACGUCAACAACUUCGUGGUUGGCAGUGAAGAAGGUACCGUCUACACAGCUUGUCGUCAUGGAAGCAAAGCAGGCAUUGGUGAGGUCUUUGAAGGUCACCAAGGGCCAGUGACAGGAAUUAACUGCCACAUGGCAGUGGGUCCCAUCGACUUUUCUCAUCUGUUUGUCACAUCGUCAUUUGACUGGACUGUCAAACUGUGGACCACAAAGCACAACAAGCCGCUCUACUCCUUUGAAGACAAUGCAGACUAUGUGUACGAUGUCAUGUGGUCCCCUGUGCAUCCCGCGCUCUUUGCCUGCGUGGACGGGAUGGGGCGCUUGGACCUCUGGAACCUCAACAGUGACACUGAGGUGCCAACAGCAAGUGUGGCCAUUGAGGGGGCGUCUGCCCUAAACCGUGUUCGUUGGGCACAAGGUGGCAAAGAAGUUGCUGUGGGAGACUCAGAAGGCCGCAUUUGGAUCUACGAUGUUGGAGAGCUGGCAGUUCCCCACAAUGAUGAAUGGACGCGAUUUGCCAGGACCCUGGUGGAGAUCCGUGCCAACCGGGCUGACAGCGAGGAGGAAGGCGCUGUUGAGUUAGCUGCGUAGCUGUGAGAUGAGCCUGCCCUCUGUGGCCCUCCCAUGCUUCCAUGCUAGAACUCAGAGUCUGCAGUCAAGGCCUCCGUGCUGUGUUUGGUGUCCUUUCAAGUAUCAGUAUCUCUGUGGCAUUUUAGGGGCUAUUUUGUGCAGUGUCACAAAUAUUCAACAUGUACCUACUCACCCAAAAUCCACCCUAGCAUUUCUAUCUCCGUGUCUCUGUCUCAAAAACAUAAGGGGGAGGGAACCCUUAGGGGUUUAGUUGUUGCCUUUUAACUACUUGGUAGCUGUGUUUAAUAGCUGGAAACCUCUGGUUGAAUUUGUGCUUACAUGUACUUCUGGCAUAGUCCUAUUAAAUCCACAUGAAGCCAGAUAUGAUUGGGUGCAGAUGUGGUGUGCCUCAUGAUAUGGUACAGGGCCAAAGACUCGAGAUGUGGUGUUUUACAUGGUGACUCACAUUAUGAAUGGAUUUACUACAAGAACAUUGCUGCUCCUUAUUUAUUGUAACGUGCUGCAUGGAACGUAUUUAUUUGAAAGCAUUAAAAUAAACGAUCUUAGAGCAUGUGCGUAAUGAGAGGACUGUAUUUUCUCUGCUGCUGCUGCUGAGGUUACGUUAAGUUCCAAAUAACAAUUACAGUAUGCCAGUUCCACUGAGAACACAGAGUCUUUAGAGGUUUGUUGCAGUGAACGGAAUGAAUUUUAAUGCCUAUUAUUUCUAGGUACUUUAACAAUAUUUCAAAUAUAGUUGGCCAUUGAUACUUAUCAUUCAAGCUAGCACAACCCUACCAAAGUCUGUGGUUCCUAAAUAUGACACCAGUAUUGCCAAUAAAAUGUUCCAAACCAG